AUGUCUAAUUUACAUUCAUUUUGUUUAGAUACUUACGAAGAAGCGAAAUACAAGGCUAAAAUUGCUCAAGAAUCUUCUGAUCUAUCAGGAACUGAACAUGUAUUAAAAGACCGUAAAGUAAGAGCCAAAAUGAUUGAUAGUUCACCAUCACCGUCACCAAAAAAAAAAGCUAUUAAAAGUCCACCUGAUAUAUUUUUGAACAAAAGUAUAGUUGGUAAAUGUGAAUCAAACGAUGACUCAGAUUUAGAUCCAGAUUACACCAUACACAUAGAUACAAGUCCAAUAUUUUUAAAUGAUGAUAAUGAUUAUAAUGAUAACUCUCCAAAAAGAAAAUCUUUGAGUGGAACAAAAAUAUCAGAUUCUCAACCAUUGAAACCACAAAAAAAGUUUCUAAGUCAUACCCAACCUACUAAAGCUUCAAAAUCCAAAAAUUUAUUUGAUACCUUAUUGGAAAUAGAAACAUCGCCUCAAUUACAGUCCACUAGUAAAACAGCAAUUCCAAUAAAAAGAAAACUUUUUGAUGAUAAAUUGUUGAAAUCAAAUAGCUAUAGUAAAUCUAAAACUGCAAUUGAACCUACAGCAAUAAUGUCAGUGGCUGGUAGGUAUUAUUAA